AGCGACUUUCUGGACAACGACGUCGGCAGCUCUUCGAGGAAAGCAACAUGGCGGGAAAAUUUGGGACGUUCCUUUUUCUAACGCUUCUCGCGCUGGGUGCAGAAGCCAAGGUGACCCCUAAACUGCUAGGUCACUUCAGAGCUCCACAUGCUGCUUUUGUAGGCAUCAGUAGGAACAAACAUCAUUCGGACGUCAAAGACCAGUAUAGCCUGAUGGUCGCUGGUUUCAACGCCAUCCCGUUUUCUUCUGACUUCGUCUACCAAGUACAGAAGGUGGGACGCCAUCUCAGUGACGUCUCAAGCAUCCACCCAACAGUCGUAACUUCCAAAAUUACAUGGCCUAAUGAAGUUGACUCGGUUUCAGAAUCGAUCUUUCACAAAGAGAUGAUAUCUGUUGCCGGCGGUUUCUUGGUGCCGAUGAAGACUCACGGCUCCAUCGCACUGUACGACACCAGUUCCAACCCUCCCAAAGGCCCGUACUACAUCACGAACAACCAUGGUGCGGACUCCAGCUGGUUCUACCACCGAAUUGCCUGGAAGGACAUGGAUGGUGACGGUGACUUAGACGUCUUAACCGCCAGAGCACAGAAACCCAUCCUUGGAGGAGCAAAGGGACAGCUAUUGUGGUUUGAAAACCCCGGGAAACAAAUGCCUGCCCAAUUCGCGAACCCUUGGACUUCGCAUAUCAUUGCGAGUGGCCCAGAUGUGUAUUUUCGGGCAGUCACCUUGAGUACGCCAUCAGGUGAUUUUGACGCCAUUAUAACCGCUGGGUUUUUCUCCGAGAGAAUUGAUAUAUUUUGGACCACCGAGCCAUCUAAAAAAUGGACCGUCAGUUCACAGCUCCAUUUCCGUACUAUAGAGAAGAGAAUCGGAGCCGUGUUUGACGUUGAACUUGCUGACAUGAACAACGACGGCAAGAAGGAUCUCCUGGUAACAACGAACAAACAGUCCAAUGCAGCCAUCUAUGUGUAUGAAUUCCCGGACGAUUUCAGGACUGGCACUUUCAAACAGCAUAUUUUAGCUUCCGGUUUCCACGCGCGUUUCAACCUUUUUGGACGAUCAGGAGCUUUGGGGUCAGCUUACGCUAUACACGAACCUAUUUCCAGCAAGAAGAGACCCAUUAUAAUCAUGUCUGGUGACGACGACGGUAACGCCUAUAUAUUGGAAAGCGAAAGUGAAAGUCAUACCAACUGGAAGUAUACCACAACAGCAUUUUUAGGAACUGGAUCUGAUACAGUAGGCGAGAUUGCCUAUGCUGACGUUGAUGGGGAUGGUCAUACAGAACUAUUUGUACCUGACUACAAUAAGGGACUAGUAUACAUAUAUUCACUUACAAGCACCUAAAUUUGAACUCCAUGCCUGUUUAACGGAACAGUUUGUUCUGGACUUUCCACCGGGAUCGAUAUAGCCUAUAAAUGUAAGCAGCACAGGUAUUUGAAAUGUAUAUAAAUUCUGAUUUAACAUAAUUGUUAAUGUAUAUAUUUGUGAAACAAAAUGCAUGAAUUACACAUGCAACGCUAUAUUGCAAAUAUUGUAUAACAAACUUAAAACAAA